AUGGAAGCCAUCCAUCUUGUGAGGAAAUUGAUGAAGCAGUAUAGGAAGAGGAAACAGGACUUGCAUAUGAUGUUCAUUGAUCUAGAAAAAGCAUACGACAAAAUCCAAAUGGAGGCUUUAUGGAAAUGUUUGGAAGCUAAAGGUGUAUCGGUAGCAUACAUUAGGGCGAUUAAAGACAUGUAUGAUGAAGCUAAAACCCAGGUGAGGACAGUGGGAGGAGACUCGGAAUACUUCCCAGUCAUGAUGGGGUUACACCAAGGAUCAUCAUUUAGCCCAUUUCUAUUUGCCUUGGUGAUGCAUAUAUCGACACGUCACAUUCAAAGGGAGGUACCAUGGUGUAUGUUAUUUGCAGAUGACAUAGUACGGAAUGACGAGACGCAAGGCAAAGUUAAUGCUAAGUUGGAUGUUUGGAGACAGACCCUGGAGUCUUAA